CAGAUAAGCAGCUACCAUAGAAUUACACAAUGAUCAAUAUAGAUCCGCGCUCCUUCCUGUAGCUAGUCAACAAAGCCACACGUUUUCAUAUUGUGGAUACUUGUGUAUUUGUUUGUUAUUGUAAUUGUAGCUAUAAUAAACUAUACAGCUAGAAACAUGUGUUAACUUUAACGGUUAUUUUGUAACCGCGUGAUAGCUACAGACAGGGUUCGUCAGAUAUCCGGUGCUUUGUAAUUUGCUAGCUAGCCAGUUAUCCGUCAUACCUUUACUGCUGUGUUUACUAUUGGCAGAAAGUGUAGGCUCUUUCUGGAGGGGAAAUGAUGAAUUACUCAGAUUAUGAUUCCGAUGGCUAUUCUUCAAAUGAAGAUCAAGACUAUGUCCCAUCUGAUGACAACCUCAGUGAAGAUGACAUGAAUGAAUGUGUGAAAGAAGAUGGUCUGGAAGGGGGUGACCAGCAUGGCCAACAGUCAGAUAAUGUCACCAAGAAGAAAAAGAAGAAAGGCCAGGACAUUGGCAUGAGGAAAAGAAAGAAAGGAGGACUGAAGUUAGAGGAGACAGAGCAGGAUGGCAGUGUGGAGGAGCAGGAGGAGGAGGGAGAGUUUUCUGAUUCCAUGCCCAAGAAGGAGGUGGACGAAGAGAAAAAGAAGAAGAAAGCAGAUGAUUUGUGGGCCAGUUUUCUGAGUGAUGUUGGUCCCAAAUCCAAGCCAUCUAUUCCAUCACCACAGUCUACUACUAAACAGCAGGCUGCACCCACAGACAGACCGAAGAAGUCAACUGAGGCCCCAUCAGAACAUCAUCAUUUAGAGCAUAAAUCUAAAGAGCCCUCUAAAGUCACCAUCACUAAGGUCUUUGACUUUGCUGGGGAAGAGGUCCGAGUAACCAAAGAGGUAGAUGCUGACUCCAAGGAGGCCAAGUGCUUUCUGAAGUCCAAGGAGGAAACACCAGAUGUGUGGACUAUACCCAGCAGACCAGAGCCCUCCUCCCUCACCCCUGGACCCAGUGUAAAGAGGCCUGCAGGGAUGGGCAGCAUCCUGAACCGCCUCGGGGGGAAGAAACAGAAGAUGAGCACGUUGGAGAAGUCCAAGAUGGACUGGGACGCCUUCAAGGAUGAGGAGGGCAUCGGGGACGAGCUGGCCAUCCACAACCGGGGCAAAGAAGGGUAUGUGGAGAGAAAGAAUUUCCUGCAGAGAGUUGACCACCGGCAGUUUGAGCAGGAAAAGAAAGUACGUCUCGGCAACAUCAUGAAGCGAUGACAAGGAAUAAUAGAGGAGAGGUACGCUAACAAUUGUGACACAUGCGCGCGCACCACUCUGAACAUGCCUGCCCAGUUCCCUCCCGUGUUUUCUCUUCCCAGUACUUGGCCUCUGGACUGCCCAUGUGUUUGGAAUGGCCCGACAGUACCUGCUACCUGCUGUUUUUGGACCUGCGUCAGAUUUCACACUCCCAAUCUACACACAGCACUCUCAUUACACCUCCAUCUGUUCCUGGACCUGCGUGUGACCCGAAUCACCUAGACUCAGACCCCUGACUGUGUCUUCCUACCUCUAUGAGAGGUGUGUUGGCAGUGUUAACCUGCUUACCUCAGCACAUGGCUGUGUGGGUGUUCCUGUACUGAACAUUUGUCAACAUCAUCACCAGGAUGAAGAAAAAAAUGGAACGCAUUCCAGGAGUGAGAAGAGGAGAAUGAGCAGCACAGUCAUGAUUCCACACCCGGGAACUAUGUAUCAGUCGUUAUUGGCAUUGACUUGAGAGGGGAAGAGAGGAAGAAUCCACACACUGCUCAGAUAUUUGUGCCAUCGCUCCACAUCUCCUGCAGUGAUUCGGGUUGGUGUGCUGUUCAUUGGAAGAGUUCAAGUUGCAUUUCACCUCCCUGUUGUGCGGACUGCACUUCUCUGGAUAAGUUCCAGCUAAUCUGAGGAGAAAGAUUUGUCUCACUCUGAUGUACCUUAGUUAUACCAAUAACUAUCACACUUUCUGACAUGAUGCAAGAUGAAAGGUCUAUAUUUCGUGAACAUGUCAGCUUAGCUGCUUCUUAAACCUGAGCGAAGAGGGGAGAGGAUCACUGAGCGUUUCCUCAGCUACUGUUCUCCCAACGUAAUGACACAGCUCCUAUUACAAGGUAAUUUUAUGGUUGUUCAGUAACAGACACUCACACAGACAGGCUAAUUCAGGGACUUUAUUUUUAGUUACAGGUUGUUAAAUGAAUGGGCUUCAAGUGUGUCUGAAUAAUAACGUCUCGUAUUAUUAUGUCAGAAUUUGGACUUGUGUUAUGUUGUUAUCCUGGUACUGUACCGUGUCAACUGUAUAACAUUGAAUAAAGCACGCUAUUUGGUUUGAAA